UUACGACCGUCACUUUUAGUGUGUAUGCGCUUAUCCCCUCGCAUACCAGAGGGCUUUCUACUUGCAGCACUACUGCCUCUGCUACUGUUUCUGCGUCCUUGAGGAGUUGUCAUCCGUCAUCCGUCGAUUACCAGAAACAAGACCAAAAGGACCCUCCUCCUAACAGAUAUAUCACGUCCUCGAUACCUACACCAAUGGAUAUAUGUCACGCACGAACAAAUAGACCCAACCAUGCAAUCAAUCCCUCAAGAAAUCCCGAAAUGAAAUCAACCAUAUGGAUUUCUAAACCUCUUAAACAUUACGAAGCGAAGCGAAUCCCCUCAUACCACUUCCACAUAACCCAUUUAUCUGCCUCUGCACUGCCUCUUUUUCUAAAAUCCUCCCCAAAACCUUCCCUCUUCCCUCUCGCCCCUCACAUCAAACCCAUCUACCCAAACCCAUCUACCCAAACCCAUCUACCCAAACCCAUCUACCCAAACCCCUCCCUCAUCAAGGAAAAUCAUACCCCGCCGAAAAGAAAAGAGGGCCUCAUCACGCCGAUCCAACCCGGGAAUUCAACAAGACACAUAUCAUGGAUAUCGAAAAGAUAUAUCAAGGGGCCAGAAGCCAGAAGCAGAGUUGUAGAGCGCUGUCUUCGCCAAGGUAAUAAUAGAAGCGUUCCUUAUGUACAGCAAAAACGAAUGUUAUCGAAAAGUUCGACGAGGCAACACAACGCCAAAAACCCCCUUGUUGAUUGUUGCUCGAUUCGCACGAAAGGAAUGCAACGCCGAUGCAAUCGAUGGUAGGAAAAUACGACUCCAAUGCAUGGACGAUGCUGCUCACAUGAUCCCGAACCCAGAGAUACUAAAAGUCGACU